UCUUGCUUCUGCUUUCUGCUGUUGGCGUACACCUUAUCUUCUUUGUUGCUUGACUGCCUGUUGAAAGGGCUGUAAUUGAUUGCCAUUAUACGAACCUCACUCCCACCUUUCCCCCCGCGUUCUGUCCAAUUCUUGUUCAACCACUCCGCCGCGCUCUUUUCUCCUCUCAACAAGCAGCUUGAAUAUCUGUUGGAUUAUCUUGCAAGAUGGCUCCUGAAAGAGCUGGGAAGAGCGUGUUCCUCGGGAAUAUCCCGUACAAUCUCACCGAGGAACAGGUCAAAGAUAUCCUCAGCUCUGCCGGCACGGUCACCAAAUUUCGCUUGAUGAUGAACCCUGAUACUGGAAAGCCCAAAGGAUACGGAUUUGCCGACUUUGCCGAUGCUGACGCGGCGGCCUCCGCCGUGCGCAACUUGAACGAUUACGAGAUCAUGGGCCGCAAAAUACGCGUGGAUUGGCCGCACAACAACGAGAAGGACUCUGUUCCGCCGGACUACUCUCAGCCCGCACCGAACGUGCAGCUCCAGGGCCAAGACGGUCAAUCAGGCGCGCAGCAGCAAUCCGCACCGCUGCCUCCCCUGCCACCCGGCGUGGAACUGCCCCCGCAUCUGGACUGCCCGAACGCCAUCUCCCAAACACUCUCCUCGCUCGCCCCCAACCAGCUUCUCGAUGUCCUCUCCCAGAUGAAAUCCCUGUCGAUGGCGGACCCAGUUCGAGCCGCAGAGCUUCUGCGACAGGCGCCUCAACUAUCAUACGCGAUGUUCCAGGCUAUGCUCCUGAUGAACCUCGUCGACUAUAGCACGCUCGGCUCAGUGGUGGAACAAGCGGCGCAACCAGCAGCGGCAGCGCCCCCUCCGGCCGCGCAGCCCUUCCAGCCCUUCUCGGCUGUCCCCGGUCAGGUCUCCACGCCCCCAAUGGUCGGCACGCCUUUUGCCGCACCGGCGGCGGCCCCCGCAGCUCCAUCGAUGCCCGGGCAAGAAGAGCUCCUGCAGCAGGUACUCAGCAUGCCGCAGGCGGCAAUUGAUGCGCUCCCGCCAAUGGAGCGGAGUCAGAUCAUGGUGCUGCGGCAGCAGCUGAUGCAGGGUGCCAUGCGAUAGUAACGUCGAUUUGAUGAUAUGAUUGCGAUGUCGGUACGGGGUGUUGUCAUACUAAUCAACUUUGUUCAUACUCAUCUUGCUUGAUUCUAUCUUUUUUGUUAUUUCAUGGGAUGGCGUUUUGGAGGCCUGAUUUAUUUCGCGGCUUGAAUGUAUACCUAGCAUGGAUAUCUGGCAGAUGUUCU